AUGCAACAAAACAAGAGUGUAACUGAGUUCAUAAUGAUUGGACUGACACAGGAUCCAAUUAAUCAGAAAGUGGUGUUCAUUAUUUUCUUUAUUUUGUAUACUGGAACUAUGUUGGGGAAUUUACUCAUUAUUGUGACCAUCAAGUGCAGCCAGACUCUUGGGAGUCCCAUGUACUUCUUCCUUUUUUAUUUGUCCUUUGCUGAUGCCUGCUUUUCAACUUCUAUCGCCCCUAAACUAAUGGUGGAUGUUCUCUCUUCAAAGAAAGUCAUAUCCUACAGAGACUGUAUGACACAGGUCUUUGCGUUGCAUUUGUUUGGCUGUAUGGAAGUGUUAGUCCUCCUCCUCAUGGCCCUGGAUCGUUACGUGGCCAUUUGUAAGCCCCUGCGUUACCCGACCGUUAUGAGGAGACAAGUCUGCAACAUCUUGAUCAUCUUCGCGUGGAUCGGAUCCUUUAUACACGCUACCACUCAGAAUGCCUUGGUCUUGCAACUCCCCUUUUGUGGACCCAAUUUAAUUGAUCAUUAUUGUUGUGAUUUGCAACCACUCUUAAAACUUGCCUGUAUGGACACUUACAUUAUCAACUUACAGUUGGUUUCUAACAGUGGGGUUGUUUGCUCGAGCAGUCUUUUCCUUCUGACCAUCUCAUACAUGCUCAUCUUGCGUUCCCUGAGAAAGUACAAUGUAGAGGCCAGGAAGAAAGCGCUUUCCACUUGCACUUCUCACAUAAUUGUGGUCAUUAUGUCCCUCGUGCCAUGUAUAUUCAUAUAUACACGACCACCUGUCACUUUCCCUGUGGAUAAAAUGGUAACGAUAUUUUAUACCAUCACUACACCUUUUCUUAACCCAUUCAUCUACACACUAAGGAAUUCAGAUGUUAAAAAUGCCAUGAGAAAAUUAUGGAGUACCAAAAUCACCUCUGAACUCAGAUGA